UUGACAUUCACUUUUGACAAUUUAUUUGACAUUCACUCCACACAUAAAUUCACAAAAACUUAAAAACAAUGUGAAUUGUACCUAGUAAAAUAUUUUACAAAAUUAUAAAAUUUCCUGCUGUACUGCAAAUUUUAGUUAAAUAUCUUUUUUUGUUAUAAAGAAAUAUGACGAAGUUACUGGAAUGGGUUUCAGUAUUAUCAGCUAUCUUUGCAGUAUGGUACUCCCUUGUAGGAGGUUAUGUGAAGCAUCCACUUAUUGAAAAAAAUAUGAAUUUAGUUAUGAUAUCUCCAUUAAUAUUCGUCAUUCUUUUCGGGCUAUAUGCCGUGACUGUGGUGCUGUAUAGAGUGUUUACAUUCAACAACUGUGAAGAGGCCGCCAGAGAGCUACAGGAUGAAAUUAAAGAAGCCAAAAGAGAUUUGCGUGAAAAAGGACUUGAAUUGUGAAAUGAAACAUUCCAAUAACAUUGAUAAAUUAUAAUUAUAUAAUAUAAAUAUUUUGUUAUUU